AUGGCCGGGAGGAAGCAGACGACGAUGACGAGCACGGCGGCCAUGGCGCUGCUGGUGGCGGCGCUGCUUGCCAUAGUGGCCAUGGCGCCUGCCGCGGCCACUAGCCCUAGCCCUAGGUACAAGAUGUGCAACGUGGACCUGGUCGGCAUGAAGGGCGCAUGCGAGAAAUACUGCGCGAGAGGCAGCAGGGAGGCUAGGCCGAGCUACGGCUGCUGCAACGCGGUGAGGGGAGCCGACUUCCCGUGCCUCUGCCGCCUGAAGCGCGCGAUCGGGUCCAUGGGCAACAUCGACGCCGGCCGCGCCAUGCAGAUCCCCUCCAUGUGCGCCAUCCCCGGCGCCCCCAGGUCGUGCUAA